UAGCCUAGAGAAAAGUACUGGCUCGGUUACCUUCCUUAUUCUACCCUGCAGUGUUGCUCAGGUUCACGUCUGUAGACAUUCCCGAAAGAGACUGACCCUUCUUAGUUGCACUCUACUGCAGUAAGUGUCGUCGUGCCACUGCAUUGCAGUCAUGCCGAUGUUCGUGGUGAACACAAAUGUUUCAAAGGACGCUGUUCCUGCUGAGCUGCUGUCGGAGGCCACGCAGGAGCUCGCCAAAGCGAUGGGCAAACCCGCGCAGUACAUCGCCGUGCACAUUGUCCCGGAUCAAAUGAUGAUGUUCGGGGGGAAAGGAGACCCGUGCGCGCUCUGUUCUCUCACCAGCAUCGGAAAGAUCGGGGGCGCGCAAAAUAAGCAAUACUCCAAACUUCUUAUGGGCAUGCUCAAAAAACACCUUGGCAUUUCACCUGACAGGAUCUAUAUAAACUUCAUUGAUAUGGAUGCGGCUAAUGUGGCCUGGAACAGCACCACCUUUGGAUAAAAAAUGUGGAUGGAUGGCCUGUUAUAAACACACUUAGAGUUGUUUGGAGUGUUAUAUUACCAGUUGAUCGAGUAUUAACACACAGCACUUACUGCUUACAUCACAUACCAAAUUGCUUUGACAAUAAAAUUUUCUUUGAACUAUAA